UUAAAUUUCUCCCUUCCUUGACGUGGUUCAUCGAACUUUCACCAGUUCACUACGUGAGCUAUAGAAUACACAUCGUUUCUGUGCUUGGAUUAUUUUCCGUGCUUAGUUUUUAUAUUCGAGAAUUUUGUGCUUAAUAUGUGUUGUGUGUGUUUGACAGAACAUAAUGUUUAGUGUUAAAUUGAAACUUUCGUUCUAUGUUCGUGUGAAUUGAAUGUCGAAGACAAAACCAUGGCACCUAAAUCAUCUGAAAACAAUGCGGAAGAUAUAGAGAAAGAAGGAAACAGCAUAUCCACAGAAAACACAGAUGUUUCUAUCGACAAUGAAGAAAGUAAACACAAUACUGAUACAAGAACAGAAUAUAGAGAAAAAAGUGAUGAACCAGUUACAGAGACGAACAAUAACAAUGGAGAAGUCAAAUCGAACUACUUAGGCAAUAUAAAAAUAAAUCCUAAUGGUCUAACUCUAGACGGGAAGACGCCAGUUAAAGUAGAAUCAUUGCUUGCUAAUUCACAAACAGUGGUCAGAUUUUCACCAGUUUGGAAACAGAGUCUAGCAGCAUCAGCCCCGAUUCUUCUGACCUUUGCCGCCGGCCUCACGUCUGGGUACUCUGCCAUCCUACUACCCCAGUUGAAGAAUGAACACGGACCUAUCCCAGCAGAUGAAAGCACUACUUCUUGGAUAGCAUCAAUAGCAGCGUUACCCAUGGCUCCUGGCUGCUUGCUGUCAGGUUGGCUUCUAGAGAGGUUUGGGAGGAAGACCGCACACUACGUCAUCUGCGUGCCGUUCCUCCUUGGUUGGAUCCUCAUCGCCAUCGCAAACAACCUCACCCUCAUGCUUUUCGGCAGAUUCUUCACUGGACUAUGCGUUGGACUGCUCGGACCAUUAGGACCAGUGUACAUUGGAGAGACUUCUGAACCGAAGUACCGAGGAUUCCUUCUCGCUGGCAUAUCAUUAGCAUUAGCUAUAGGAAUAAUGUUCGCUCAUGUUGUCGGGACGUUUAUAUCCUGGCAAUGGACUUCAGCAAUUUGCAGUCUUUUCCCUGUUUUGUCAGCAAUUUUGCUGAUAUUCGUACCUGAGAGCCCAACUUGGUUGAUAUCAAGAGGUCGCGUUGAAGAUGGAAUAAAAGAUUUUUAUUGGCUCCGAGGGUACAGUGACGAGGCAAAAGCAGAAUUAAAAGGCAUAAUUGACAGCAGAAUAGCAGCAGAUGCAAAACCCCCGCCCACUUGGAAAGAGAAACUGACCAAUUUAAGAAGUCCAGAACUUCUUAAACCUUUAUUCAUCAUGAUUGUAUUUUUCGUGACUUGUCAAUUUGCUGGAGUAAACGCCAUCGCAUUUUACUCAAUAGAAAUAGUGGAAAAGGCUGUUGGUGAGGGGAUAGAUCAUUAUUUAGCAAUGCUGAUAAUAGAUUCUUUGAGAUUAGUUAUGUCUGUAGUAGCCUGUGUUGUUUGUAAACAGUACGGUAGGAGAUUAUUGUGCAUCGUAAGUGGUAUUGCAACUGCACUGUCCAUGAUCGGUUUGUCAAUGUUCUUGUAUUGGAAACCACCUGAUAUGUCCUGGUUACCGUUAACUUGUUUAAUGGUAUACAUUUGUGCAGUGUCCAUUGGCUUGGUUCCGCUCCCUUGGAUGAUGUGUGGGGAACUAUUCCCAACUAGAGUAAGAGGUUUAGGAUCGGGAAUAAGUUCCGCAACAACAUUUGUUGCUUUCUUCAUUGUGGUCAAAACGGCUCCAGGAAUGAUGACGAAUUUUGGUGAAGUGAUCACAUUUUUGUUCUAUGGAGUAGUUGCGUUUGUAGGAACAGUUGUUUUAUAUUUCAUACUUCCAGAAACGAGAGGUAAAAGUCUACAGGAGAUUGAGGAAAAGUUCCGAAGCAAAAAGGAUUGUGAUCCUCAAGUGUAAACUAGAUAUUGGAGAUUCAGUGUCAUAAUUGGUAUUAAAAAGUAUUCAAUGAAUUACUUUUCUGGUAGCGUAGAAAACAAUACAGAUGUUUAAUACCAUAGGCCAGUACAAAUGUGUAUUGAUCCUAUAAUAGUCGAUGGGCCUUUGUUGUCUAGUAAUCAAUCAGGUCAUAAAAAUGUACUUAACAUAUCGAAUUAGCUGUUUAAGACCCAUCACUAGAAUUUUUCGGGAUGGUCUGUAUGAAACGGCUGUGUGAUUGUUUGUAUGUUGGUUCAUUAUAUGUUACAAUUCGCUCAAAGCGAUUAUUAUGUAAUCUGUGAUAACUAUAUAUAGACGAAAUUAAAUGUAAUACGAUUUUUA